AGAACACUCUCACCCAUCUCUUUACCUGUCAAUCACUUCUCAUCGCAUUCAUUCAAAUUGUUCUAGACGAUUCAAGUUGGCGGCAUUCAAGCAAGGGUUUUAUGGAACUUGAAGACAAUCUUUGGAAGGACACGGCAAGACAGUUACCAUCACCAAAAAACGCCUUGUCAUAUACCUGCCAUGGUAGCUCAAAUGACCUGGGCAGGCAAAACCAUUUAUGGAUUUCUAAUAUUCUUCGCGCUGGCAAUCAAUCUGGUCCAUGCCGAUGAACAUUCACACAAGUAUACAGACUAUGAGGAAGUCGUCGUUUGGGCUAACUCAGUUGGACCCUUGAGUAAUCGACAGGAAACAUAUGAGUAUUUCCAGCUGCCAUACUGCAAAGGAGAUGGGAAGAUCGAACACCGCCACGAGACUUUAGGAGAAGCGCUAUUGGGCAUGGAACUGGUCAACUCUGGCAUUUCCAUCCGUUUUGGCCAGAACAAGGAUAUCACACCAAUCUGUUCUCAGAAGCAAUUGACGCCGCAGGAUGUCAAGACGUUUCAAUACGCAAUAUCACACGAUUAUUGGUUUCAGUACUUUAUCGAUGAUCUUCCUGUUUGGGGAAUGGUUGGGAAACGGGAAAAAGAAUCAGAGCAAACGUCGCUGUAUACACACCAAAGAUUUGAAUUUGAGUAUAAUGGCGAGCAGAUCAUUUCUGCACAAGUUACACCAGAGCACCCUGUUGCACUGAUCAGUUCACAGACAGGAAUGCAUGUAGAUUUUACAUACUCUGUUACCUGGAUUGCGACCGACAAGGAAUUUAAGUCGCGAUUCGAACGCUAUUUGGACUCGGAUUUUUUUGAAAACAAGAUUCACUGGUUCUCUAUUUUCAAUUCAUUGAUGAUGGUAUUGUUUCUUACAGGAUUCGUCAGUGCAAUGUGGAUUCGGUACCUCCGUCGUGAUUUUGCACGUUAUGAUAAAGAAGCAGGGUUGAAUGAUUUUGAUCAUGAUUUGGGCGACGAUUACGGUUGGAAGCAGAUCCAUGGCGAUGUAUUCAGACCUCCAACUAACCCUAUGACUUUUGCGGCAUUUGUGGGAACGGGACAUCAGCUUGUAUGGACAUCAUUCUUUGUGAUACUAUAUACGAUUUUUGGGCAGGAAUGGACUGAACGUGCCAGCAUCAUGACAGCCACUAUUUUUAUAUAUGCUUUCACCUCGAUAAUUUCUGGAUAUUCCAGUGCUAGUCAGUAUACUCAGUACGGAGGGCGAGAUUGGGUCCGCCUUAUGUUCUUGACAGCUGUAUUUUGGCCCGCCUCGGUGGCCAUAGUCACAGGCUUAAACAAUGCAAUCGCAAUCUAUUAUACCAGUUCACGAGCCAUCGCGUUCGGCACCAUGGUUGCUCUCUUCGUGAUCUGGCUGCUGAUCGUUUUGCCUCUGACGUUUGUGGGUACAAUUUUGGGUAAGAACUGGGCUGGCAAGGCGGAUUUCCCGUGUAGAGUCCAUCCGAUCCCUCGCCCAAUCCCGGAAAAAAUCUGGUACGCAGAGCCGAUUGUGGUGAUCGCUCUGGGAGGCAUCCUACCAUUUGCGUCCAUCUUCAUCGAGAUCUAUUUUUUGUUCACGUCCUUCUGGUCAUAUAAGGUCUACUAUGUAUAUGGAUUCGGAUUACUAGUGUUCUGUAUUGUGAUGCUGGUCACGGCAUGUGUUACGGUGGUGAGCACAUAUUUUGUGCUCAAUACCGAAGAUUAUAGAUGGCACUGGAUGAGUAUGGCGACCUGCGGAUCUACAGCAGCAUAUGUUUACAUAUAUGCAGUUUACUAUUAUUUGCAAAAGACCAAGAUGUAUGGCCUCUUUCAAACCAGUUUUUACUUUGGUAACACAGGUCUGGCAUGCAUGGCUAUCUUUUUAAUGUUGGGGUCUGUGGGUCAUUUUGCAGCCAAUAAGCUCAUCAUGAGGAUAUACCGCAAUGUGAAAAUUGAUUAAAGAUGAAGGAGCACUUUUUCCUCUCCUUGCAAAGCUGCUCUGAGAAGGAUUAAUAAAUACCAUUGAAGGGGGUUUUUUUUCCUUCGGAUGGUUUGAGAGUAU